AUGACUGAUGUUUCUACUAUUCGCUUAACACAUGAUGGUUGUCCUUUGAAUAUAGCUACGCAGGUGUUUGAAGAGGUUACUAGAAAAUCCAACUACAUCCAAUUGAUCGAUGACGACUUGGAGAUUUGGGAAGACUUCCCCCACGACAACAUCAUCGGAGUAUUCCGGGGCAUAGUCCUAGGAGACCAAACUCUACCAAAUUCUAUAAUUGAAUUUGAACUAAGCAAGGGUUCAGAUCUUUCCUAUAGUCAUAGCGAAACUAUCGGAAAGCCAGGUUGGGUUAUGUUCAAUCGACAGAACACUCAUGAUACUCCUCUCGCCUGCGGAGAAAACAAGCUGAGCACGGCGUGGAAUAGUGACAAGAGCACACUACGAAAAACAGGUCAGACCGAUUGGAUCUGGCCGUUCCGCCAAGUGCUCACGUACUGCGUUGCGACAAAUACUCGCUACGGGUAUAUCUUGACAACAGACGAGUUGGUUGUCUUGCGUGUCUACAACAACAAAGACGGUCACACUGGCAGGCCCUACACCGUUCAAUACAAAUCAGUGCCCAUCGAUAGCUCGGGAGACAGCACGUUGACUUCCAGCCUUGGGCUUAAGGCGUUGGGAAUGAUGGCUCUUAAUGGUGGCCAGAGACAUAUCGCCUCCAAUUCCGAUACGCUUCCGCUCAAUGCUUAG